AUGAAUUUUCUCGUUCUUUCAACUUUUCUAUUCUCCUUAUUUGAAUUAGUCCUUCUUCAAAAUUCGGAUCGUGAGAUUACAAUCUACAACAAAUGUUCCUUUACAACAUGGGUAGGAAUUCAAGGACCCGGGAAUCCUGGGAACGGAGGAUUCAAAUUGGAUUCAGAAUCCAGACAAACGAUAUUCGUAAAUCCCACUUGGACGGGAACGAUAUGGCCGAGAACUGAUUGUGGAGAGGAUAUGGAUUGUGCUACGGGAGGUUGUGGGCCCCACGAAGAAUGCAAUGGCGCUUCUGGAACUCCUCCGAUGACUGUUGCAGAAUUCUCAAUGCAAACCGAUGGAUCCAAUGACACCUACAGUGUAUCUAUGACAAAUGGGUUCAAUAUUCCUGUAUUAAUUGACCCAUAUGGACCCUUGAAUUGUGAAAGAGCUGGAGGUUGUAUAAUGAAUCCGAAUGACGCGUGUCCGAUGGAGUUUGCUAUUCAAAGAGCCCGUAUCACCGUUGGAUGCAAGACCGGUUGCCUCGUCUACAACAAUAAUCGAGAAUGCUGUCGUGGAGUUUUUUCCAACCAAGAGGCAUGUCGAAGUACGAUAGCUUCUCGACUCUUCAAAGCAUCAUGUCCCAGAGCCAUUGCUCAUGAAUUCGACGAUUCGAACACGUUCACUUGUAAUGGUGCUUCUUAUGUUGUGCAGUUUUGUUAG